AUGGCCGAGUCAGAGCUCAAGUGGCCCGCUGCGCGCGUGCGCAAGACCUUUCUCGAGUACUUCGAGCAGAGGGGUCACACAAUUGUCCCCUCUUCAUCCGUCGUCCCUCACAAUGACCCCACCCUACUCUUCACCAAUGCCGGCAUGAACCAGUUCAAGCCCAUCUUCCUCGGCACCAUUGGCAAGACGGAUCCUAUGGCCGGCCUCAAGGCCGCUGUCGACAGUCAAAAGUGUAUCCGUGCUGGUGGCAAGCACAACGAUCUCGACGAUGUCGGCAAGGAUAGCUAUCACCACACAUUCUUCGAGAUGUUGGGUAACUGGUCUUUCGGCGACUACUUCAAGAAGGAGGCUAUUUCAUAUUCCUGGGAACUUUUGACAAAGGUCUAUGGUCUGGACCCCGAUCGUCUUUACGUCACAUACUUCGAGGGUGACGAGAAGUUGAAGCUGGAGCCUGAUUUGGAGGCCAAGGAGCUCUGGCUCUCGGUUGGUGUUCCUGAGGAUCAUAUCCUUCCUGGAAACAUGAAGGAUAACUUCUGGGAGAUGGGUGACCAAGGUCCCUGUGGUCCUUGCAGUGAGAUCCACUACGACAAGGUCGGUGGAGGCCGCAAUGCUGCCAGCCUCGUCAACAUGGAUGAUCCUAUGGUUGUUGAGGUUUGGAACAACGUUUUCAUGCAGUAUGAUCGACAAAAGGACGGAAGCCUCAAGUCUCUCCCUGCCAAGCAUAUCGACACCGGUAUGGGCUACGAGCGACUGGUUUCUGCCCUCCAGGAUACAGUUUCCAACUAUGCCACCGAUUGCUUCACCCCUCUCUUCCAGAAGAUCCAGGAGGUCACUGGCGCCCGACCCUACGCUGACAAGUAUGGCAAGGAUGAUGCCGAUGGCAUUGAUACCGCCUACCGUGUAGUUGCUGAUCACAUCCGAACCCUUUCUUUUUCCAUCGCUGACGGCGCUGUUCCCAACAAUGACGGUCGAGGUUACGUUGUCCGACGUGUACUAAGACGAGGUGUGCGAUAUGCUCGAAAGUAUUUCAACGCCGAUAUCGGCGCCUUCUUCUCCAAGAUUUUGCCUGCACUUGUUGACCAGAUGGGCGAGCAAUUCCCCGAGCUUGUCAAGAAGCAGCAAGACAUUAAGGAGAUUCUCGAUGAGGAGGAGGUCGCCUUUGCCCGCACUCUAGAUCGUGGUGAGGCUCAGUUCGAGAAGUAUGCUGCCGAGGCCACUAAGGGCGGCUCCAAGAAGCUCGAGGGUGAUGUUGUCUGGCGACUUUAUGACACUUUCGGUUUCCCCGUGGACCUUACCCGAUUGAUGGCUGAAGAGCGAAGCCUCGAGAUUGACGAUGCUGAGGUCGAGGCUGCUCGAAUCAAGGCUCGUGAGGCCAGCAAGGCUGUCAAGGAGUCUGUCCAGACUUUCUCCAAGCUCAAUGUGCACCAAAUCUCCGAGCUCGAGAAGGAUCUUAAGGCUGAGCGAACUAACGAUGACGCCAAGUUUGCUCAGGGUGACACCAAGGGUAAGGUCCAGCUCAUUUACGACGGCCAAUCCUUCCUUAAGUCGACCAAGGAUGUACCCGAGAAGACUGCUCUGGGUCUUUUGAUCGACAAGACCAACUUCUACGCCGAAUCAGGUGGUCAGGUCGCUGAUACUGGACGCAUCGUCAUUGACGAUGUUGCCGAGUUCAAGGUUCUUGAUGUUCAGAACUAUGGCGGCUAUAUCUUACACAACGGUUAUGUCGAGUAUGGUACACUAUCCUCUGGUGACGAGGUUAUCUGCGAGUAUGAUGAAUUGCGCCGAUCUCCUAUCCGCAACAACCACAGCGGUACUCACAUUCUGAACCAUUCCUUGCGGGAGGUUCUUGGUGAUGAUGUCAACCAGAAGGGUUCUUUGGUGGACAACGAGAAGCUCCGUUUCGAUUUCUCUCACAAGACUGGCGUCAAGAUUGAAGAGCUCAAGAAGAUCGAAGACAUGUCGAACUCAUACAUUCGCCGUAAAGACAAGAUCUUUUCUAAGGAGGUGGAUCUGGAGCUUGCUCGCCAGAUUGAGGGCUGCCGUGCUGUCUUUGGCGAGACCUAUCCCGAUCCUGUGCGUGUUGUCUCCAUCGGCAGAGAUAUCGAUGAGAUGCUCGCCGAUCCCAAGAAGAAGGAAUGGCGUCAGUACAGUGUUGAGUUCUGCGGCGGCACCCACGUUGAGCAGACUGGGUUGAUUAAGGACCUCAUCCUUAUUGAGGAGAGUGGUAUCGCAAAGGGUAUUCGCCGUAUCAUUGCCUACACUGGUGAGGCUGCUCACCAGGUUCAGCGUGAGGCUGAUGAAUUCUCAAAGAAGAUUGAUGCUCUCGACAAGUUGCCAUUCGGUCCUGAGAAGGAGGCUCAAGUCAAGGCCGUGUCUGUGGAGCUCAGCCAGCUAACCAUCUCGACCUUGACGAAGGACGAGUUCAACAAGCGUUUCCAAAAGAUUUCUGCUGCUGUGACUGCUGAGCAGAAGAAGCGCCAGAAGGCCGAGUCCAAGACUGCGCUUGAUAUCGUCCAGAAGUACUUCGAGGCUAACAAGGAUGCCAAGUGGUUCGUUGGUCGCCUGCCUGUCGGUGCCACCGGCAGCAAAGCCCUGCCUGAUGUGGUCAAGCACUAUCAGGGUAAAGAUAAGGAGAAGACUGUUUACCUGUUUGCUGGUAGCAAGGAGGAGGGUGCCGUUGCACAUGGUGUUUACGUUGGAACUCAUCUUGCUUCUCAGGGCGUCACUGCUGAGCAAUGGGCUGCCUCCGUGUCGGAGAUUAUUGGUGGCCGAUCGGGCGGCAAGGAGCCUGUACGACAAGGCCAGGGCACUAAGCCUGAGAACAUUGACGAAGGUGUUGAGACUGCGACAAAGUGGCUCAACGAGAAGCUGAAGCUGUAA